CAUUUGAAUGAAUGAACGCUCUGCUGAUUGCGAAAGGCAGCAGGAGGAUAUUCCUCUGGGACCGAAGCGCCUCCCCUUUAAUCGCUCGGUUGAGUUGUGCCUCUCUCUCCGAGCUGUCGUCGCUCUCUUCACUCGCACAUUUUUCAGGAGGUAGUCCGGAUGGAUUUCGAUGCGCUCGAGUUUCUGAAAGAAAGGUUUCCGAAAGCUCCUGUUUUCUCAUUCUUCUGAGGUUUAACGGGCUUUACGACAAGGAUUACAGCCUUUUGUGUGUAGUUUUAUCGUUAGUGACAUGAAGAAGCGCGAAUUUUUGCAUUCAAAGUGGCCGAGGGACUGAAUUGGCGUGUUUUCUAUCCAGCACCAAGUUCGGAAGCUGAACCGGCAUGGCCAAGUGGCUAAAGGACUACCUGAGCUUUGGCAGGAAGGUGCCCCCACAGCCACCCACUCCGGACUAUACAGAGAGUGAGAUCCUCAAAGCAUACCGCCUGCAGAGAGACCUCGACUUUGAAGAUCCAUAUGAGGAUGCGGAGAGCAGGUCCAGAGGGGAAUCUGGGACUUUUGACCCUUCCACACCGGUGUACGGAUCUCCCAUGAAGUCUUCCAGUGUGGACAUGAAGUCUCCUAAACACAGGCUGAUCAAAGUGGACUCCCAGGAGUUGGGGCGCACCAAGAUUCUUCUCAGCUCCGUCUCUUUGGAAGACCAACCAGAGCCUGUGGUCCCGUCAGCCCCAAUGGCAGGGGACACAGAUUAUUCAGAUCCAUUUGAUGCGCGAUUGGAACAUCGACCGGAUCCAGAUCUUGGUCUUGUCCCUUGCGAGAAUAAUGGCUAUAUGGAACCAUAUGAAGCUCAGAGGGUCAUAACAGAACUGCAGCGCACCCCCGGAGGAGGACGAAUGCGUGGAGGGAUGCAGCUUUACGACACUCCGUAUGAAGAAGAGCGAGUGCGGCGCCUGGGCUACGUCUGCGGAGAACUUCAUGAGGAAGGCAAGGAGACCAGCAGACUACCGCAAGAUGACGAGAGACCAGCAGACGAGUACGACCAACCCUGGGAAUGGAAAAAGGAUCACAUCUCCAAAGCAUUUGCAGCAGCAGGAGGAGGAAUGAAGUUCCGAACGCCUCAUGAAAGCCCCACCAUGAUGGGGGAGAGAGUAGACCCUACUCUGCCUCUGGAAAAACAGGUAUGGUACCACGGCUCACUGUCGCGCUCGGAGGCAGAGUCGCUGCUAACACUGUGUAAAGAGUGCAGCUACUUGGUGAGGAACAGUCAGAACAACCGCUCGGACUUCUCCCUGAGCCUGAGGAGCUGCCAGGGUUUUAUGCACAUGAAGUUCACCCUGUGUAAAGAUGGGAAGUAUGUGCUGGGACAGAACAGCCCCCCCUUUGACACCAUUCCCGAGGCCGUCCACUUUUACACAACGCAUAAACUCCCGAUACGAGGUGCCGAGCAUCUGUCCCUGCUCUUUCCAGUGCAGGUGCAGACCCUCUGACUGACUCAGUCCUGUGGACCUGAAUGAUUUCAUUUUGACCAGAAACAGAAAACCAUGAAUGUUCGACCGAAAAAUCUCAGCGGCGUGAAACUACUCAAUCUCUUUCUUUUUUUCUUUUUUUUUGACUGGAUUACUUUUAGUGUUUCAGCACAUGAGUGGCUUAUGCUCUCAGCUGUUGCGUCUGCGUCAUGUGCAAAACAUCUUGGGGAUCAAUUCCCAUGAAAUGCAGUACCUGAGCUAUCAGCACCUUUACUGCAGCUCCUCUCAUCUACGUGCUUAACCAAGCGGGUUCACUUCAGAACAUUUUCUACACUUUGUUGCAUUUCUUUCUCAUUCAAGAGAGAUGCACUGGGUUUUGGAAGCGCAGCCGCUGCAAGAAAGCCUGCACAUUGUGAAUGUACUGAUUCUCCAGUUUACUGAAGAAAAUGAGCAGAAGACAUUAUAAAUUAUUACAAUAUAACACUAAACAACCUUACAACCAUAAAACAAAACUGUUUGCAAGAUUCUUUAAACUGAUAGUUUUGCUUUUUUUUUUUCAUCCCCUAAGAAAAUGAAUAAAUUAGGCUAAGAAAGACAAGAAACCAUUGUUUAAAGAAAAAAAUCUAUACUGGAAAGAAAGCUAUUUUUAAAGACAGACAAUUUUUACCUACACCAGUAAUGGAUACAUUUUUGUUUCUUUUUUUUUUUUUACAAACUCACAGCUGUUUAAUUCAACCCAGCCUACUUUGUGUGCUGUAAGGGUUGCUUGACACAUGUCAGUGUUAUUUGUUCAUUGUAUAAAAAAAAAAAAAAGUGUUGUUCUGGUACUUGAUAAAACUGAGUUUUACCUUU